AUGCCUUACAUGGCAGCAGUAACACCUAAGGCCUCCGUCAAUUCCUUUGCUGCUACAAAACCCCGUCCUCGUGCUGCCUGCAGAAUAAGCAGCAGCAGCAGCAACAACGGUAGCAGCAAUCGCAGAAGCAGCAGCAGCAGCAACAGCACCGACAGCAGCAGCAACAGCAACCGCAGCGAUAUCAUAAUGAGGAGCAGCUGCAGUGACUGCGGGGAACACAGUAGACAGCACACCCGCAGCAGCAGCAACACCACCAGCCACACCAGCAGCAGCAGCAGCAACACCACCAGCCACACCAGCAGCAGCAGCAGCAACACCAGCAGCAACACCAGCAGCAGCAGCAGCAACACCAGCAGCAGCAACGGGAGCCGCGAGGCGCACACUGCAAAAUUGUGGAGACAGGCAGCAGCAACAACAAGCAGCAGCAACAACAAGCAGCAGCAGCACCAGCCGCAGCACAAGCACAAGAAGCAGCAGCAGCACAAGGAACAGCAGCAGCGCAAGCAGCAGCAGCAGCAGCAACAACAGCAGCAGCAGCAGCAGCUCACGAUUUGCAUGAAUGGGAUUUUCUUUUGCUGUCCGUGCAGCAGCGAAAUAAAAGAUGAAAUGUGCCGCAGCAGCAAAGGGGUGUCGAUGCUGCUGGUUGCUGCUGCAGCGGUUGCUGCUGCAGCUGUUGCUUCUCCUGCUACUGUUGUUGCUGCCCGCGGCUCUGUUGCUGUUGCUGAUGCUCCUGUGCUGCUGUCGCGGAAGAUGAAGGCAUCAGCAGCUGCAGCAGUAGCUGCAGCAGCAUCAAAUGGAGAGGCUUCUCUGCAGCAGCUGCACCUGCACGGCAUCCUAGCUUCUGCAGCAGGACCAGCAGCAGCAGCAGCAGCAGCAGCAGCAGGGUGUGCGUACACUACAAAGCAGUAG